AUGAGCGAAGAUACCGGAAACGAGGUUUUCGGCAAGAUCAAAACACAUUUUCCGCCUGCCAAAAUCAAGAAAAUCAUGCAGACGGACGAGGACAUCGGUAAAGUGUCGCAGGCCACGCCGGUGAUCACGGGUCGGUCGCUGGAGUUUUUCAUCGCCAUGCUGGUGAGUCGCAGCGGGCUUGUGGCCAAGGAAAUGGGGUGUCGAAGGAUCAGCGGCGACGUGAUGAAGAAAACCAUUAUGUCAGACGAGAAGUUUGAUUUUCUGCGAGAACUGAUAUGCGGGGAAAACGCCAAAAACGUCGAGGGUGCUGGUGCCAGUGGUGCUGCUGCUGCUGCUACCGUGGAGGAUGAAGAAUGA